AUGCAAAUUUUCAUUGUGUACGCCACUGCAAUAGUCGCGGUAGCUUAUGCCCGACCAGGCGGUGGUUAUGAUCACUUGGAAUUGGCUGGAGGAUACGAUGACAGCGGCCAUUUCGGAGGCGAAGAUGCGACCAGCUAUUCACAUGUUGCUUCAACUGCCAACGAAAUUGGUCACGGCGACGAAGGAUAUCAUAGUUCUGACCAUGACAUCGACUAUCAUGCACCUGCUAAAUACCAUUUCGAUUACGCUGUUCACGAUUUACAUACUCAUGAUAUUAAAUCACAAUGGGAAACUAGAAAUGGCGAUCGAGUAAAAGGAGAAUAUACUAUCGUGGAACCCGAUGGUAAUAGAAGAAUAGUUUCUUACACAGCAGACAAACAUUCCGGAUUUAAUGCUAUUGUUAAAAAUGUUCACGAUUAUUAAUAAGUUAUCAAUAGUUUGAGAAGUCAAUUAACUAAUCAAACUGAUACAGUAGUAAAAGAUAAUAAAUUAUUAACAUUUGGCAUUCAUUUUGAACGCAAUAAUAAGAUUCAAUGCGUUCUAUUUCUAUUUAUUCUUCACAAAAGAUGGAAUUCUUUGUUGAUUCAAGUUGAUUUUUAUUUAUUUUCCAAGUAUUUCGUAUAUUUAUAUUAUUGGAGCAAAACAUAAUUAACCUUAUUUUCCAUUCAACAACGUAUGUCAAUACUUUAUAAUGUUUCAUUAUUGUCAGAUUUCAUCAAAAUAUAUUUGCAUUCCUAAAUGCUUCACCAAUCCUUUUCAUUUCUUUUUCCAGUAAAAUUUAUGGUGGUUAAUUCUCCUAAAGCUUGAUUUUCUCUUUUUCCAUUUGUUCUUCUUCUCUAUUCUUCUUUUCUUUUCACUCCGUCGUAUAUUAUUUUCUUUGCUCAUUGUUCCAUCUUUUGUUCUCCAUUUGAUUGAGUACACAUAUUCUACAAUCAUAGAUUGCACAUGGUCUAAUUGAUAUAACAGAUCUUGUUUUUGUCUCUCUCUUGAGACUUUUAAUGAUCUCAGUAAUUAUUUUUUCAAUUAUCGACAUUUUUAAUAUAGAUUUGAAGUUAGGUUGACAAAUGUAUUGAUUAACGUAUUGGUUUGAUUAGAUAAGUUUGUUUUAAGUUAUUCCUACAUCAGUAUUCUUAUGUUUCAAUUUAAGCAAACGAUAAACUAUCAAUUUUCAAUCAUUAGAUACUGGAAGGUUAUUCACAUAUUGAUAAUAUCUUCAAAAUGUGAAAGAGUUCAGGUACCUAAGACAGGGUGAACAAAAGGUAUGAUUGUUGAAAUUAUGUAUUUUUCGGAAGUUUCCAUAAUAAUAGAUUUUAUUACUUUGUCACUACUAUAUAUAGUAUCUAAAUUUAUUAAGUUAUUUUAUAUUGGUUACCUACUGCUUAAUUAUGAAAUCGACUAUAUUCGAAUUUUUCAAAAAUCGUUUCAUUUAUAAUUAUGCUAGAUGGGAACAAUUUACCAACUAUUUACUUCUGGUAGCGUUUUUAUUUAGCUUCAAGUUGUUACUUCACCUUACACCUUCUAUAGUCUUUGAAGUCAUUAUUUUUUCUUAAAUUAAUUGUUUAUAUUUCAAAUUUAAAUUUUUUUCACUAAUAGUAGGGCAGAAUUUUUUUCAAAAUAUUCAUUGCCCACAUUCUUCUAUCUUAGAAGUUAGAAGCAACACUUUUUUUAAUAACGUCAUUGCUACUUUUUGUUCACUCAUUCAAAUUUAUUAAUAUAAGAAUAUUUACUAGUUGAAUUCUUGCCUUAUACUACGUAAUAAGUUUUUUAGAUUUAUCGUUAUUUGGAUUUCUAAAACAAAGUUUUGAAUCUAAACGUUCUCUGAGUAACACAGAUGGAUUUGCCGAUUAUACUAUUCUUUGAAACACUUAUCUAACAAAUUCUGUGGUUUUUACUUACAAAUAAUCACCAAGUUGAAAGUAAGAUUUGAAACGAUUAUAAUUAUGGAUUCUCAUGCAUUGAAAAUUCCAAAUAUUCCAUAGAUUCUAGACUUAUUUGGAAACUAAGCACAAAUAACUAAUGUUCAAAGUAAUUUUUUUUUGUAUCCAUCAAGAUUCUAUAUUUUUAAUUUCAAUGCUAUCCAUCACUUAUUUUGUUCUUUUUGGAAAUGAUUUAUAUUAUUACUUUGAGAAAUUGAAAUGAUUUUAUAAAAUGCCUCAAAUGAGGUUCUGUAUUAUUCCGAGAUUUAGUGGAUGAUUGGUACAAUAUUGUUUGAAAUAGGUAUUAUAAUAGUAUUUACACCUCAUUUGUGUCGUGGCAGUCAAUGUCUUGAGUGAUUUAUAUUAAGUUUUCUAAAACUGCUUCCACAAUGUAAAUGCCAAUACUAUGGACUUCUGCAUUAUUAAAAGUUUAUUUUUU